AUGAAGUUCUCCCUCCUUGUGGUGCUGGCUUUGGUCCUGUUUGCAGCUCAAGCAAAUGCCCUGUACUGCUACACCUGCAACUGGGAACAAAGCAACUGGAGCUGCCUGAAGGCUGAGAAGUGCUCGGACAAGGACGAGUACUGUGUCACCAACGUGGCCUCGGUAGGAAUCGGCUUUUUGUCCCUUUGGAAGAGGAUCACCAAGAAGUGCUCCAGCACCUGCCCACACCACAAUUUCCUCCUGGGCCUGGCCACCUACACCUCCUACUGCUGCCAAAGCUUCCUGUGCAACCUGAGUGCGUGCCCAGGGCCACGGCUGGCUCGCCCAUGA